GACCGCAUGCGCGAGCGCGCGACCGGACCCGGGCGCAGCGUCACCUAUGAGGAGUGGGCGGAGUUUGCCCAGGAGGUGAAGAAGCGUUUGGCGGCGACCGAUGUGGAGCUGACGGUGGACCUUCGCCCGGAAGAUAGCCGGGAGCGUGACGAGUCUUUUGGCAUGAAGUACCAGCGCUGA